UACUCCUUAACUGCCCCUCCAUCCCCACCCCUCCAAUAAGAAUGAUUAAUCCCGUUCCACCGCGCCUGUGCCGGGUCCCGGGCGAAGAGCGGCGCUAGCCGGCGCGGGGGAGGAGAGAGAGGAGGGCGAGGGGAGGGGACAAGAGAGCUAGCGGUCCCGCCCGGUGAUGUAGGCAGCCCGGGGAGGUGGAGCCGCGACGCCUGAAGGAGUCCCCACCGCAGUCUCGCGCUCUCGGUCUACCCCUCCGAGCGGCCAGCCGCCAACCCCAGCUCCGGCGACCUCCCUGCCGCCGCAAUUUGGGCGGCGGGGACUGCGGGAUCCCCCCCCCCCAGUUCGGGCCCGGGGGGCCCCUCCACCACGCCCAGCCCCCCUCCCCUCCUCGCUUCCCGGACGGCUGGAGCUACUCCCGGGGGAAGCUGUUCCCGGACGCUCGGCCGCCGCCCCGGCAUCUCGGCUGCCAGCCCGGCCGGGCACCGGGCAUCUCCGGGCACCGACUGGCUCCGGCGCCGCCCAGCUGCUCGCGACCCCGGGGCCGCGGGCUUCUGCUCGCCCUCCCCUCCCCCGGCCGCCGGCCAGGACGCCCGUGAGCUCCCGGUGCCCCCAGCCCCUCUGGCCGCCGCCGCCGCGAUGCUGCCCUGGAGACGCAACAAAUUCGUGCUGGUGGAGGACGAGGCCAAGUGCAAGGCGAAGAGCCUGAGUCCGGGACUCGCCUACACGUCGCUACUCUCCAGCUUCCUGCGCUCCUGUCCGGACCUGCUGCCCGACUGGCCGCUGGAGCGCCUGGGCCGCGUGUUUCGCAGCCGGCGCCAGAAAGUGGAGCUCAACAAGGAGGACCCGACCUACACCGUGUGGUACCUGGGCAACGCCGUCACCCUGCACGCCAAGGGCGACGGCUGCACCGACGACGCCGUGGGCAAGAUCUGGGCGCGCUGCGGGCCGGGCGGGGGCACCAAGAUGAAGCUGACGCUGGGGCCGCACGGCAUCCGCAUGCAGCCGUGCGAGCGCGGCGCCUCGGGGGGCUCGGGGGGCUCGGGGGGCCGCCGGCCGGCGCACGCCUACCUGCUGCCGCGCAUCACCUACUGCACCGCGGACGGGCGCCACCCGCGCGUCUUCGCCUGGGUCUACCGCCACCAGGCGCGCCACAAGGCCGUGGUGCUGCGCUGCCACGCCGUGCUGCUGGCGCGGGCGCACAAGGCGCGCGCCCUGGCCCGCCUGCUCCGCCAGACCGCGCUGGCGGCCUUCAGCGACUUCAAGCGCCUGCAGCGCCAGAGCGACGCUCGCCACGUGCGCCAGCAGCACCUCCGCGCCGGGGGCGCCACCGCCUCGGUGCCCCGCGCCCCGCUGCGCCGGCUGCUCAACGCCAAGUGCGCCUACCGGCCGCCGGCCGCCGAGCGCGGCCGUGGGGCGCCGCGCCUCAGCAGCAUCCAGGAGGAGGACGAGGAGGAGGACGCGGACGCGGAGGAGCGCGAGCGGCCCGAGGUGCUCAGCCUGGCCCGGGAGCUGAGGACGUGCAGCCUGCGGGGCGCCCCGGCGCCGCCGCCGCCCGCGCAGCCCCGCCGCUGGAAGGCCGGCCCCAGGGAGCGGGCGGGCCAGGCGCGCUGAGAGCGCGGCGGGGGGGGGGUGCGGGGGGAGGGGCGCGGGACUCGCGGCCCCAGCCCCCCGCCGGCCUGACUUCCAGCCUCCAACCCUGGCCCUGCCCGCUUCGGCUCCCCUCUGGUCCCCCGGCCCUUGCCUCCCUCGUGGUCUCUGUUGUUGUCUGCCCCGCGUCUCAUCCUGGCUCAGGGUGACGCCUGAUACGCCCUUGAUUAUUGGGGGACAAAGGGGAGGAGAGCAGCAGAAGUACUCGAUGUUCGCCUCUCCCCCACAUCCGGAGUUGCUGAGCGCCCUCCAUCGUGGAAUUGCUCGUAAGCUUUACAACAGGUCUUUGCCCAUAGACCACCCUCUCCCUCCCAGAACAACCCCUCCAAAGAAGGGGGAAGAAGUUUCCAGAAAUCCAGGAGGGUGGCCCUGGACGUUGGCCAGGUGGAAGCCGUGGUCCUGCCCUUGGCCAGUCAAGCCUUCCUCCCUGGGAUGGGACCAGUUCUGGGCAGGCAUGCUUGCAGAGAAAGAAUAGUGGCCCGGGAGACCGGAGGCCAGGUCCAAGGUGGGAAGUGAGUCGGCUGCCAUAUACACAAGGAAGGAUUCUCAGGCCCUGUGCCUGGCCUCUCUACCCCUUGGAGGAUUUCUGGACUUCACUGCUCCAUCUCCGGAGAAGACUGGGCUGGUCCUACCAACCCAAACAACAGGUUAGAGCAGGUAACAGCCCUCUGCUCUGGGCAGCUGCCCAAGAGUAUGCCCUGGCACCUGGCACCCCCACAAGACUCCACCGACCCCACAUCUCUGCAGACAGAUGUGUGGGGUUCCCCACUAGGUGCCUCCAACUAGGACCAAGAUGGGGUCUCCAAAGGAGGUAAGGAGAACCUUUGGCAGGUGCUUGAGGACACUGACCACCCAGAAAGUGGACACAGGAGGGAUGCCCUCCCAUCCCCUCCCGCCCCCUGAGUCGGGGCUUGUCAGAGCAGGAGGGUCCUGACAGCAGUUGGGUUCUCAUAGCCGGCUGAGGAAGGAGAGUGUGUUCACCCAGCAGAGGGAGUGGGCCCCCUGCCCAGGUGUCCCAACAAGGCCACAAAAAGCCCAAAGAUCUAUGUGUCACCAACUGAUUGUUGUAAAUAAAGUGGACCUGCUUUUUCA